AUGAGUAAAACACGGCGACAAAAUACACCUGUGAUAGCAUCAACUGCUAUGUUCGAUAUUCCACAAUUUUAUCAGCAAACACUUUUGCCCAAACGAUUCCUAUUAAUAGAUGUAUUUCUAAAACGUGGUUUAUCAGUUGCAUUUUGUCUUUUACCUAAUAAACGUGCGAAAACAUACACAGAAUUAUUUGAACGGCUAAAAGAACAGGCAAACAUUAUGGGUAAAAUCUUUAAUCCAAAAUGUAUCGUUACUGAUUAUGAACCUGGCUUGAUGCGUAUCGUAGAACAAGAAUUUCCUAUAGCCAUUCACUCUGGAUGCUUGUUUCACUUCAAUCAAGCGGUUCAUAGAAAAAUUACAGAUCUAGGUUUGGCCAAUGAUUACUUGAACAAUGAAACAAUUCGUGAUCAAUGUCGUCAACUCAUGGCAUUAAGUCUAAUGCCGAUUGAAGAGGUUCAGAAUCAAUUUAUACGUUUAGAAAUGAUCAUGCCAGGAAAAUUAGCUGAUUUAUUAUUAUAUUUUAAAAAUCAAUGGGUUAAUGGUGUUGUUCCUAUUCAAAUGUGGAAUUUUCAUCAGGUCGACCAUAGAACAAAUAAUACUUCAGAAGCUUAUAAUCUUCGAUUUUCAACUCGAUUAUCAAAGAAACACCCGAAUAUUUGGAGCUUUAUUCAUUUGAUUCGGCAAGAACAUAUUCGUUUCGAACAUAUUUCAAUUCAACUUGAUGCUGGUGCAUCUGCACCGAAACAAUCAACAAAAACAAAAGCUUUCCAAUUAAGACUUGAUACUUUGUACAACAGAUUUCUCAAGAAGCAAAUAGAUGCCAAGAAACUAUUGUCAAGUUUAUCGUUACUAAUUAAUUGA